AUGGGACAUAAAGUGAUUGUAUUUGACAUUUCUGUCAUAAGAGGCUUGUGGGAAACACGUGUCAGAAAGCAUCAAGAACGACAGAAGAAGGAAGCUGAAAGAUUAGAGCAAAGUGCUUUGGAAAAGAUAAAAGAGGAGUGGAAUUUUGUUCAAGAAUGCAGGAAGAAAGGCAUUCCCCAAUCUGUAUACUGCAAGAAUGGUUUUGUAGACACCAGUGUGAGGCUUUUGGAGAGAAUAGAAAAGAACUCAUCACUGACAAAGGAGUCACUUUCCAAGGACAGAGGAAAAAGAAAAAGUAAAUUCAUUUUUGAACUUUCAGGGAUGGAGUGGAAGGAAUUCCCAGAUUUCCUACGGGAACAGACCCAUCUGAAAGAAUGGCACAUAGAAAAUACUCUGAUUCAGACUAUUCCUACUUAUAUUCAGCUCUUUCAGGCAAUGAGGAUUCUGGAUUUGCCAAAAAACCAAAUCACACAUCUUCCUGCUGAAAUUGGUUAUUUGAAGAGCCUGAAUGAACUCAAUGUGAGUUUCAACCAUCUGAAGAGUGUUCCUCCAGAAUUAGGAGACUGUGAAAAUCUGGAGAAAUUGGAUUUGUCUGGAAAUCUGGAAUUAACGGAGCUCCCAUUUGAACUAAGUAAUUUGAAACAAGUUACAUUUGUAGAUGUGUCAGCAAAUAAGUUGUCCAGUAUUCCCAUAUGUGUUCUCCGGAUGUCAAAUUUACAGUGGUUGGACAUCAGCAACAAUCAGCUAAAUGAUCUUCCACAAGAUAUAGACAGGCUGGAAGAAUUGCAGUCCUUCCUCUUACAUAAAAACAAACUGACCUACCUCCCUCAGGUUUUGCUCAACUUAACAAAACUCACCUUGUUAGUAGUCAGUGGGGAAGAUUUGGUGGAGAUUCCAACAGCUAUUUGUGAGUCAAGCACUUUAAAAUUUGUAAGCCUCAUGGAUAACCCAAUUGGCAAAACCAACUAUCAAGACAGUGAAGAAAUGACAGGAAGUGAGCAAGAUCGCCAGUAUUUUGAAAAGGAGUUUAUGAAAGCCUACAUUGAAGAUCUAAAAGAAAGAGGUACACAUGUUUAA